UCUUAGGAAACCGUGAAAUUUUGUGAAAAAUAAUGUAAAUAUAAACGAAAAACAAAAACAAACAAAGAAAUUAAAAACUUACAGUUCAACACCUGUGUUCUCAAAUAAAUAAAACUAAAUGCUUUAAAAUGAAACGCGUGAAACUAAAAGCUUACAAAAAUGCCAAACCACUUUUCAGUAUUCUAUUGCUAUUAAGCUGUUUAAGGCUAUGCCUUGGCGCACAGGAGAAACUAUUACGCAUUAACACCGACUUAACGGCACUUCCGACUGCCACUGUGCCUAGUGUUGGCACUUUCAACUCGCCUAUUGAUGCGAGUAAACAGGGUGAACAGAGCGCACUGCCUCUGGAUGCUGACUCGCACAUUUGUGUACGUGAGGAGACCUAUGUGGAGCAACUGAAGGUGCCCACUAUGCAGCCAGUGCGCAUACGCAGCUCCCAGUGGUGCAUGGAGAUUCCACCACGUUGCUCCAACUACAAAACGGAAAUGCGUGAAGUUGUGCAGAUCAAGAAUGUCACAAAGACGCGCACGAUACGCUUCUGCUGCGCGGGUUAUGAAGGCAACAUCUCGAUCAACGACACAGUUUGCAAGCCGGUCUGUCGCGGCGGUUGUGGGCGCGGCUAUUGCCAGACGCCGGAUGUGUGCAGCUGUGAGCCGGGCUACACUGGCACGCAUUGCACGCAAAGGUGUGACCACGAUCACUGGGGCGAUGAGUGCAAACAAAAGUGCAAAUGCCAAAAUGGCGCUGUGUGCGAUAAUAAAUCUGGUAUCUGUCACUGUACCACUGGCUGGACGGGCGAAUUUUGCGAGCUGCCUUGCCCGACCGGCACGUAUGGCGUCAUGUGUCACAAGGAGUGCGACUGCGCCGACAAGCGCUGCCAUCCGCAAACGGGCGCCUGUGGCGAUGCGCUGACCCCAGUGAUGCCCAAUGUCACGCAUGUCAUGAUACAAACACUCAACUCCACCAUCGCCAAUAUAACGCACAAGCUCGAUCGCAUAGCGAAUAAAAUAGUGACCAUAGCCACCAGCACUAUUGUGCCGCCACAACUCACCGUCGCGCCCGAGGUAAUCGUCAUCAAGCAAGAGGAUCAGCAUACGCCCAAAAUAAUUGUACAUCAACCCGGCUUGGGCGGUGGCUUGCUGAGCGACUUACACACAGCCGGCGGCAAGACACCAGAGGUGAUACACGUAAUCACAGCAGCAGGUGCCGACUGGCCGACGCACGCGAACGGUUCCUUGAUGGGCGCAGCGCAAGACGCCAAACUGAGUUUGGCUGGCAUCGGUGGUGUGGUUGAGUCGCCGGCGCACACUUUAGCGCCCACACCCACUGCUGCCGAACAUGAUGCUAAUCUGCUAAGUACGCUGCUUGUGCUGCUGCUCAUUAUUGUUGUUGCGAUCGGUAUUAGUUGGCUCUAUAUAUAUCGGCGCUAUCACUGGCAAAAGCAGCGUGUCGAGGCGGCGUUAGCGGCGCGCAAUGCCAGUUUUGGUGGACCGUCCGCAGAGCUGGGCGGUGGCAGUGGCAGCGCGGUGGACGCCACAGCAAUGUCUGGCGUGGGCGGCAAGAGUUUCCUAAAACCGUUGCCUGACUUGCCGGCCUUCACACAAAUGGUGCGCAACAAAAUCGAGGCAGGACCCGAAUUCUAUGAUGCGCCCAGCAACAACUCGUCUGUCAACAUGUCCGCUUAUGAUUACGCACGCAAACUCUCACUCUAUUCGAUUGUGUCGCCCAAGUCGCGCAAAGGCAGCCCAGACUCGCAUCUCUACGAUGAGAUACGCUAUCCGGCAGCUUAUCAGCAACAACAACAACAGCAACACAACUUUAAUACUCAACACAGACAAAGACAUCAUAGCCAACAACAACAACAUCCACAACACAAUCAUCCACAAUUCUCCAACCAUCAACAACAACAACAGCAGCAACAUCACAUUCACAGCACUAACGCUCUUGGCCAAGCGAAUUUGCCGACACACGCGCAUCUGCUUCAGAAACCCAUGCAACACGCACAAAUCUCAGCUUUCAUUGCCCAACAGCCUUUGACCGCCACGACCCUACAACAACAGCAACAUCACAUUGCUCACCUGAUUAUACCACCGCAAAAUGCUAAUUUCCUGCAAGUGCCUUCAGCGUCCGCGUCCAAUGUGAACGCCACCAACAACAGCGCCACACGCAAAGUGGCUCUCAUUUAAUAUUUGAUCGAUGCGAGCGUCGUAUCUUCUUGCAAUUGUGAGAGAAGCAAUGUAAUUGCACCAAAUACUUUUAUAAACAGUAUCAUUAUGCCAUUUUCACUAUAUUUUUUAGAAUAUAUUUUUUUUA